AUGUGCUCUCUCUCUCUCUCUCUCUCUCUCUCUCUCUCUCUCUCUCUCUCUCGCGUCAAAUUAGUACCUCGUCACGUUUAUCUGGUGACCGUGAUGAUUAUCGGCACUGUAACCUGCAUGACAACUAUCGGCAUCUUACGCCUCUAUCAUCGCAACGAUCAUGAAUUCCCUAUUCCAGUUUGGCUGCAGAAAUUUGUUAGCAGUUUCUCGCCUUUGUUGUCGAGAGGCAGCAGCAGUAUCGUCAGCCAACACAGUUCACCGGAACACAUGACCGAGACAGGCUGGACACGCCCUACCAUCGCUGAUGACCUUCACGGACAGCUUGAAUGCUGGGGAGAGGAAACGGUCGGCAGUGACUAUCACAGUCGACGGCGGAGCGAAUCGCGAGUUUUCCAAACGACUCGGAUGGGCGUCCGCCGUAAAAAAUCUAUGAAACAGGAGAAUAGUCGAGAUGGGGGCCAAACCCGACGGCCGGACUCUUGGAAGGGUGUAGCCCAUGCCGUCGAUCGGUUCUGUUUCAGACUUACUCUUUUCAUAGUUAUUUUAACUAACCUCAUGAUGAUGAUUGUGCUAGGAGCGUUUAGCUGA